GGGCACUGUGGCGGGCGGCUGUGAGGAGCGGCCGGUGGCGGCCGGUGGCGGCGACGGCGGCGGACGGCCAUGGCAGAGUCGGAGACAGGCGGCGAUGACGCCCGCUGCGUGAGGCUCAGCGCCGAGCGGGCCCAGGCGCUGCUGGCCGACGUGGACACACUGCUGUUCGACUGCGACGGCGUGCUGUGGCGCGGCGAGACGGCAGUGUCUGGCGCGCCUGAGACCCUAACGGCGUUGCGGGCCCGCGGCAAGCGCCUCGGUUUCAUCACCAAUAACAGCAGCAAGACCCGUGAGGCCUACGCCGAGAAGCUGCGGCGCCUGGGCUUCGGCGGCCCUGCAGGACCCGGAGCCAGCCCUGAAGUCUUCGGCACGGCCUACUGCACCGCACUCUACCUGCGCCAGCACCUGACUGGCCCUCCGGCUCCCAAGGCCUACGUGCUGGGUAGUGCGGCCCUGGCAGCCGAGCUGGAGGCCGUGGGCGUCGCCUGCGUGGGCGUAGGCCCGGAUCCCCUGCACGGCGACGGCCCUGGCGCCUGGUUAGAAGCACCACUCGAGCCCGGUGUGCGCGCCGUUGUCGUGGGCUUCGACCCGCACUUCAGCUACAUGAAGCUCACCAAGGCCGUGCGCUACCUGCAGCAGCCCAACUGCCUGCUCGUGGGCACCAACAUGGACAACCGGCUCCCCCUCGAGAACGGCUGCUUCAUCGCGGGUACCGGCUGUCUGGUCCGAGCCGUGGAGAUGGCCGCCCAGCGCCAGGCCGACAUCAUAGGGAAGCCUAGCCGCUUUAUCUUCGACUGCGUGUCCCAGGAGUACGGCAUCAACCCGGAACGCACGGUCAUGGUGGGAGAUCGCCUGGACACAGACAUCCUCCUGGGAGUCACCUGUGGCCUGAAGACCAUCCUGACCCUCACUGGAGUCUCCACUCUGGGAGAUGUGAAGAGUAAUCAGGAAAGUGACUGCAUGUCUAAGAGGAAAAUGGUCCCUGACUUCUAUGUUGACAGCAUAGCCGACCUUUUGCCUGCCCUUCAAGGUUAAAGAUUUAGUGUCUUUAAUCUACAGAAUAAAAAAAA